CGGUCGCGGCGGCUUGAAGAGGCCUGGCGCCGGCGGCGAAGAGGGUGCCUCGGGCGGGGUAUGUGAGCUCGGAGCCCUUGGCAGCACUGAUCAAGAUUUGUGAUGAAAUGGAGCCUGGAACAAACUCCUUUCGAGUAGAAUUUCCUGAUUUUUCCAGCACUAUUCUGCAGAAACUGAACCAGCAGCGCCAGCAGGGACAACUAUGUGACGUCUCCAUUGUUGUCCAGGGCCACAUUUUCCAGGCACACAAAGCUGUUCUUGCUGCCAGUUCACCCUACUUUUGUGACCAAGUACUCCUGAAAAACAGCAGGAGAAUUGUUUUGCCUGAUGUAAUGAAUCCAAGAGUGUUUGAGAACAUUCUCCUAUCUAGUUAUACAGGUCGCCUAGUAAUGCCCGCUCCAGAAAUUGUUAGUUACUUAACAGCAGCCAGCUUCCUCCAGAUGUGGCAUGUGGUGGAUAAAUGCACUGAGGUUUUAGAGGGAAACCCUACAGUCCUCUGUCAGAAGCUAAAUCAUGGCAGUGACCACCAGUCUCCAAGUAGUAGUAGCUACAAUGGCCUGGUGGAGAGCUUUGAGCUGGGCUCUGGGGGCCACACUGAUUUCCCCAAAGCCCAAGAACUGAGGGAUGGAGAGAACGAAGAAGAAAGCACCAAAGACGAGCUGUCAUCUCAGCUCACUGAGCACGAGUACCUGCCUAGCAACUCGUCCACUGAGCAUGACCGGCUGAGCACUGAAAUGGCAAGCCAGGAUGGAGAGGAGGGGGCCAGCGACAGUGCUGAGUUCCACUACACCCGGCCCAUGUACAGCAAGCCCAGCAUAAUGGCUCACAAACGCUGGAUCCAUGUGAAGCCUGAGCGCCUGGAGCAGGCUUGCGAGGGCAUGGACGUGCAUGCAGCCUACGAUGAGCACCAGGUUACUGAGUCUAUCAAUACCAUGCAGACAGAGCAUUCAGUCCAGCCUUCGGGGGUGGAGGAGGACUUUCACAUCAGGGAGAAGAAAGUGGAAGCAGAGUUUGAUGAACAGGCUGAUGAAAGCAAUUAUGAUGAGCAGGUGGAUUUCUAUGGCUCUUCCAUGGAAGAGUUUUCUGGAGAGAGGUCAGAUGGGAAUCUAAUUGGGCACAGACAAGAGGCUGCCCUCGCAGCAGGCUACAGUGAGAAUAUUGAGAUGGUAGCAGGGAUUAAAGAAGAAGCUUCUCACUUAGGAUUCUCAGCCACUGACAAGCUGUAUCCUUGUCAGUGCGGGAAAAGUUUCACCCACAAGAGUCAGAGAGAUCGACACAUGAGCAUGCACCUCGGUCUUCGGCCUUACGGCUGUGGUGUCUGUGGUAAGAAAUUCAAAAUGAAGCACCAUCUCGUGGGCCACAUGAAAAUUCAUACAGGCAUAAAGCCGUAUGAGUGUAAUAUCUGUACAAAGAGAUUUAUGUGGAGGGACAGUUUCCACAGGCAUGUGACUUCUUGUACUAAGUCCUAUGAAGCUGCAAAGGCUGAGCAGAAUACAACUGAGGCUAACUAAAAAUAGGAUCUGGCCCUUGAGUGGCAUGCACAAAAAUAAACUAUGGUAAUUAAUGCAAAUCUGGGCACAGAUGAUGUGUGCUACUUGCUAUUAUGAGAGAAGCUUUAAAAAAAAAGGAAGAUAUUUCUGAAAGACCAGCUCUAAGUAGGCCAAUUAAAAAAUCUAAUUCCUCAAAUUUGUAUGUUCAGUGCUGGCUUGGAGUGGGUAAUGACAAUACAUUAACCCACUGGCCAGCUGGCAAGCGAACCCUUUAAGCCAGUUGUGAUUGAGGCAGGUGAACUUGAUGAUGGAGAGACCUGCACUUGGAACUGGACUCUAACCCACCAGUUCCAUUUCAGGUGGCAGCAGUUUUUGGUCACUCAUUAUUACAAGAUCAUGUUGAAAUUUUGUUUUGUUUGCUUUUACUAUAGAUACUUAGGUAAUGUGGAUUUGUUUUGGUAGCUGCUUCACUGAGUGAAAUGCUACUUAUGUAAAAGCUACAAAUAUUUCUAGGACGAGAAAUUGUUUGGUUUUAUUCUUUUUGAAACUAUGAAGAUACUAGCAGGGUGACAUUCAAAGGCUGAAAUAAUUUAUGGUACAAGCUUCAACUUCUGUAAGAAGCCACUGUCAAGUUCCAAAUUCUUUGAUAAGGCACAGUUUUGUGUUAGUACUAAGAUUGAGUUGAACUGUUGUGUCUUGUAAUUCUUUUGGGUGCCAGAGGUAAGUGUUUCUAAUUGGUUUGCUGCCCCACAUGCUGUUUAACGGUAGCAUCUGUGCACUGGGAUCUACUCUGCCUAGGAGACAUCUAGCUUGCUGUGAGUGGUCAGAGGACCACGGAACGUGGAGCACCCCAUCUGUUGCCCUUAGUUUAUGGUGCUUCCCAACAAGGGCAGCCAUUGACCACUGUUCAUGGGAAGGAGCCGGAAGUCAUGGCUGAGGGUUAACUGUGGACUUCAGGAGUUAACAGAGUGCUCUGGGGACACUCCACUGUCAGAGUAAGGGAAAAGCAUAAUCUUAUGAGUGUGGGUUAUACUUGGGGGUGGGGGUGAAAUUGCCCAAGAAGAGUCUUGAAAAUACACUGGUGGGGGGGAUAUGUUUUCAGAAAGUUACACUGAGCUAAUACUGCCAGUUCUUUAUAAGUGCUGGAAUAUGUGUUAAAGGGGAAUGAAGGAGUCCUAAUUUUAGCAAAAUAUUCUACAGAAUCAUGCUCCCAAGUUACAGAUAAAAACUGCAUAAAUUUACAAGUCCACAUAGUACACCUAGCAAAAAAGAAAAGCAGCUAUUCUGAGACCUUUUCUACCAAUUGAUCAGGUGUUUUAGGCUCAAAUGAAGGCAUAUGUUCAGAAUGCUUUUAACCUGUUUAACAUACAUGAGGUUAUUACCAGCAUAGGACAGGGUGCUACUAUUAUAUCACCUUUUCAUAAAAUUAUAGGUGUAUUCCUUGUAAGUAGAAACUUUUUUUAUCCUUAAAAAUGAUUUCUGUUGGAUUUGAAGUGAAAUUUUGUUUUAAAAAUUUGGCUUUGCUCUAAUACGAUAAGCAUUGCUGGCAGCGGCCUCUCACCCUUAAGCUCCUAACACCAGGGUAGUUUUACCUGUUGAACAUUAUCUGGAAAGGGGAAAGACAAUACUUAGCAGUUAAUUCUUGUAAUCAAGACUACAAAACAGGGAUCUAUUCACUAACACUGUAUCAUUCUCAAUAUAUAAAAAGCACUUUGUAUUUAAAACUUUAUUAUAAAUAUAUAUAUACAUAUAUAUAGUUUUUUUAACCUAGAAACUAGAUAUUACCUCUUGGUUGUUUGCCACAUUAAUAUCAUCUUCUCUUGGUGUUGAAACUUGCCAGUUAACAGUCCUUUCUCUGUGUACCUGACAGAGUGUGAAAGGUGACUGUACAAUCCAAACUCAGUUGCUCUUUUUCUGUUUCUCAUGUUAGAGGCCAAUGGGUUUUAGGUAUAAUCCUAGCCAUUAUGUGUGAAAAGUUCUUUUAUUGCUCCUGCAAAUUUCCAUACUAAGACAGUGCAGCCAUUCCAUUCUGCCAAAAGCUGAGCACUGCUCCCAUGGUAUUAGCAAAACAGUUUCUGCUGUUGAGAAAGUUUGGUGUGCUGUUUCCUCUUAAAAGUUGCAUUUAAAUGAGCUUUGGGACAUUUGGGGAGAAGAGUCUGAGGUAGAAUCAAACUUCUGGGAAAAUCACGAUUCUUCAGUAAUGCUGAAUCAGCACCCUGGUUCUGCGUGGUAACAAAGAACUUUUGUUCAGCAGGAGUGUGGCCAGCCCCCAGGUGACAGUUUGGAAGCAGUCAUUUGUGCUGGAACUUAUUUAAUGUGCUUGAAGAGUAUCUAAUUGAAAUCCAAAAAUGAACAUCAGCUGCUAAAUGUAGAACUUAAAUAAGCUUCUUACAUCUUUCUUAAUUUUUUUCUGACAGUUGGGUUGUUCAUCGGUCAGCCAGACUGUGAGAUGGUUGGGUAUCUGAGGUGCUGGCCACAUUCAGGAGGCAGGGAAGAGGGUAACCGUAGUCCAGACGUUGAAAGUGAAUGUUUGUAAAUUCUGCUUUUUAGGAUUGAGAGACUAUACUGCAUUCCUCCUCCACCCUCCCCACCCCUGUCACUGGGUUACAGUGGUGUCUCUCCCCUUGGAAGAAAAUACAGCUUUAGGAAAUUCUUAUCUUUCUAAAUGAGUUUGGAUAAUUGUGGGUGAAAAUUUUUAAACAGUCUUUCAGGGGUUGUUUCAAGGGCCUACAACCAAGGUAUUUGUCCCCUAUUUUGAGUCUUGACUGUUUGUUUUUCCAGUCCCAGUGGGAAAGAGCUUCAAGAUACCACCAAUGGCAUUUAACAUCCUGCGUGUUCCAUGCCUUUAAUUUUAGGGGGACACAUCCCGGUAAUUCACUUGGUAAUGUAGGUCUCGCUGUCCACCUGAGGAAGACCGUGUAACUGCUCCUUGAGUGCUGCAGUUGCCCUCUCCUACGCUCCUAGCCUGCGUUCUGAUUUCUAGAUCUCAUCUCUAGUUCCUUUUGGCCACUUUUUGCUUUAAAGGAAUCUGUGCAAAGGGGCUCCAUUUGCUGAACUUCACUGACCCUGGGCAGGCUUCUAGCUGAUUGGGAAAGCUGCAUGCCCUGAGUGGCUCCUUGCUGUGGAGAAUGGCAUACCCCAAACUGCUGCGGAGGGGAGGUGGAGGCACAGCAAGCCUCUGCUGUCCGGGGGUGGGGGGAGUGUGUGCUACAGCUCAGGCGGGCGGGGAGGGCGCCUCUGUCACAAACCCAGGUGUUUGCUCGUGAGAGCUCUCUGAUACUUUAGGAAUGCUGGAAACCAAGAGAUGUGCUUCCGUCAGCCCCCUUCUGUUCCACUGAUUUUUGUGAUUUAGGUUGUUUUCAUGAGUGACUUCGUUCAGUGAAACCAGGGUUCAGGUGUUCUUCUUUGCUACUUAUACAUUUAAAGGUACAGGUUUCUUGUUUCAAAUCUCUACUGAUAGUGCCCUUCGGGAAGAUGCUGGAACACAUUUUGCAAAUGUGACUUUUUUAAAAUUUUGCUUGAAGCCUAUGUCAUGUCAGUUGCUGCUGCCUUCUUUCCUUUUAUGAGGUUCCCAAUGUUUCUUCCAGAAAAUUACUUUAUUUAUGCAAGUCAGGUGACUCUUAGGCCGCAAAACCAUUUAAUGAUAAACAGAUUAUCAUUAGGUGCAUAUCUUAUUGAUAUUUUGUGAAAUGUUAUGCCUGUGUUGCAAAAGUUGAAUAGUUUUGUCUUUAUAUAAUUGCUGUCUUCAGUGUACAGCAUGGUUUUACUUAAUUGAAUGUUACUGUUUAAUAUUUUCUUCUUAUAGAAGAGACCAUGCCCUUUUGUAUGACGUUUUAAUAA